AUGGAGCACCUAAGGUUAAAUGGGGCAUACUGGGGAUUAACAACUCUUGAUAUUUUAGGGAAGCUUGAUGCAGUUGAUCAAGACGAAGUUGUUUCAUGGGUCAUGCAUUGGCAACACGAAUCUGGUGGUUUUGGUGGUAAUAUAGGACAUGACCCACAUAUGUUGUAUACCCUUAGUGCUAUUCAGGUUUUAGCACUAUUUGACAAGAUAGAGGUUCUUGACAUCGAGAAGCCUAGUCUUCACACUGAAGUUAGUUACUAUGCUUCUGGAGUAUACAUGAUUUGGCAUGCAAAUGAUAGAAUGAAGAAAUAUACAAGAAGCAAGAUUGCUUUUAUUGAAAACAGGUUUGUUGAAGCAUUAGAUGAUUUUGGUGAGUCAAGAUCCACAGCUCCUAUUCCAGUGUUAAUCAGUGCCGAGCAAAGGAGUAGUGGUGGUGGUGGAGGAGGUGUUGCACUUAUAGCUGGCGUUGUUCCUGGUACCAACAUCCCUCUUGGUGCAACUGACCCACCUGCCGUGCUGGAAAAUUGA